UCCUGGUAUCUGCAAGCAUGGACGCGGAAGUUGGGAUCUGGAAAGAAAAGUGCCAUAAGUUGGAAAAACAAUUGUCAACUUUGAAGAAACUUGCACAUAAAGCUAUUGCAGAUUAUGAUGACCUGCAUUGCAAAUACAAGGACAAUAUAACACAGCUAAAAGAAGUAAAAAAGACAUUAGCAGAGAGAGAAGAUCAGCUGAAAAAGUUACAAGAAUAUCUUGAGCCUGUCUACAAUGAAUAUGAUGAGAUAAGAACAAAGUAUCAGAUUGAGCAUGAAUGCAGGGCCGAGGCAGAAAGAUAUGCCUCAAAGAUCAACAAGGAAAAUACCAAGUUGAAGAGAGAAAGUCAGGCUUUGUUUGCUAAACUUGGAGAGAUGCGUAUUGAUGUACUGGACAUUCCCAUAGAUAUUGCUGAGGAACCAACCAAGGAGAAUGAACUUCAGUUUGAGGAAUACAAUAAAAAAAUUCAAGGUAAUGCCAUUAGGAUAAUCAACCAUGCUUUAAAGAAGGGAUUGCACCCCCUGGUUUAUUUCUGUAUUUCAUGA